CACACUUGUGAAAAACCUUUUUCUUGUUCAAUCUGUGGUAAAGGUUUUACACAAAGGCAAUCUUUGAAAAUACACAUGAGAGCACACACUGGUGAAAAACCCUUUUCCUGUUCAACCUGUGGUAAAGGUUUUACACAAAGGCAAUCUUUGAAAGGACACAUGAGAGCACACACUGUUGAAAAACCUUUUUCCUGUUCAACCUGUGGUAAAGGUUUUACACAAAGUCAGAGAGUGAAAAGACACAAGAGAACACACACUGGUGAAAAACCUUUUAUCUGUUCAAUCUGUAGUAAAGGUUUUACACAAAAUCAAUAUUUGAAAGUACACAUGAGAACACACACUGGUGAAAAACCUUCUUCCUGUUCAAUCUGUGGUAAAGGUUUAACACAAAGUCAAUCUUUGAAAGUACACAUGAGAGCACACUCUAGUGAAAAACCCUUUUCCUGUUCAAAUUGUGGUAAAGGUUUUACACAAAGUCAAUAUUUGAAAGUACACAUGAGAGCACACACUAGUGAAAACCCCUUUUCCUGUUCAAACUGUGGUAAAGGUUUUACACAAAGUCAAUAUUUGAAAGUACACAUGAGAACACACACUGGUGAAAAACCUUUUUCCUGUUCAACUUGUGGUAAAGGUUUU